AUGACGACUCAGGUUACGCCGUCGAAACAGGCGGCUGCAAGCCUCGAGAACCUCAAGGUCAAGGACAGUCCUGUCAAAAAGCUCAACUUCAAUGUUGAGGACAAGGAGAACAUGCCAGUUGUCCUCGAGUCCACCAAGUCUACCGACUCCAUUGCCAAAGCAGAGUCAGAGAUCGAGAAGAAGCCUGCUUCCGAGGCAAAGGAGAAGAAUGAGCAGGUCCAGGUCCCCAAGACCUUGAAAGAGCUUGAAAAGGAAGAGCCACUGCUACAAGAGAACCCUCAUCGAUUUGUCCUCUUUCCUCUGAAAUAUCAUGAGAUAUGGAAUAUGUAUAAGCGUGCAGAGGCCAGCUUCUGGACGGCGGAAGAAGUUGAUCUCUCCAAAGAUCUUCACGACUGGCACAACCGUCUAAACAAUGAUGAACGCUACUUCAUCUCCCAUGUCCUCGCAUUCUUCGCUGCCUCGGAUGGCAUUGUCAACGAGAACCUUCUCGAGCGCUUCAGUGCCGAAGUGCAAGUACCAGAGGCCCGUUGCUUCUAUGGAUUUCAAGUCAUGAUGGAAAAUAUCCACUCGGAGAUGUACAGCCUUCUCAUUGACACCUACGUGAAGGAUCCCAAAGAGAAGACGUAUUUGUUUGACGCCGUCGACACAAUCCCUUGUAUCCGCAAGAAAGCGGACUGGGCUUUGAGAUGGAUCUCAGACAAAGAGUCGAGCUUUGCCCAACGACUCGUGGCUUUCGCAGCUGUUGAAGGCAUCUUCUUCUCUGGAUCCUUUGCAUCUAUCUUCUGGCUCAAGAGCAAGGGACUCAUGCCCGGCCUCACCUUCUCCAACGAGCUCAUCUCUCGUGAUGAGGGUAUGCACACGGAUUUUGCUUGUCUCCUGAUGCAACAUCUGCAGCACAAGCCGGACCCACAACUCAUUGAAAACAUUAUAACCGAAGCGGUCAUGAUUGAAAAGGAGUUCCUCACCGAUGCUCUCCCCGUCGCAUUGCUGGGCAUGAACUCGAAGCUCAUGUGUCAGUACAUUGAGUUUGUCGCUGAUCGUCUGCUUCUUGCCUUGGGCAACAAGCGAUACUUCAAUGCACAAAACCCGUUCCCAUUCAUGGAGAACAUCUCCCUCGCUGGCAAGACCAACUUCUUCGAAAAGCGCGUCGGCGACUACCAGAAGAGUGGUGUGAUGACUUCAGCCAACAAGAAGUCUGAAGAGAAGUCCGCUUCUCCCAAGGAGGAGAAGACGGAGGCCGAAAGUAACGGCAUCAGUUUUGAUGAAGACUUUUAG